AUGGUCGAAGAAGGAUUCCUCAAGAAUCUCCUGGGAGCCGCCCUCGUCUCAGCAGGAGGCGAAGUUCCUCUUAAUCACGUCCAACAAAUACUGAGGAAAAACUUCGACAUCGAGCUACCCUCUGUCGAGAAUCACGUUGCGCUGGAAAAAUACUUGGUGACCAGAUUCGCGGAUAUUUGCCGGGUCAAAAGAGCGGCGGAUGGCCACUUCGUCGUGAGGGUGCUCCGACUGCCAUCCAUCUCCCAUCUGCUCCCCUCGGGGUAUGACGAGCCUGAGUUCGAACCUCUCGGAAUGGCAGAGAGUGAGCCGCUGAAGUUUGAGGGAGCUCCCGCUCCCCUUCGGAAUGGUACAAAGGUUCAGCCAAGCAGAGUCUCAACGGUCAUCCCGCCGAAUCCGCCGGAGCACCGGAACAAGAAGGAGCCGAGGGCAGGUGAGGUCAGGAGUCCUCUUCCGGCGUCUCUGGCGAAGCAAGCUCGGAGAUUCGAGACCGCAGUCUAUCAGGAUGAAGCGGAUGCUGCUGCGCUCCUCCCCAAUCUUGAGAACCAAUUGGCUGAAGAGUGCUUCGUUAGACAUCUCAUAGAGCCAACUUUCCAAACGACGAAUUCCGGCGCUGCAUUCCGGGAGGUUUUCUGCGUCGCUACUUGGGGGAACGAAAAAAUCCAGAGUCAUCCGGGAUUUUUCUGCACUGAAGCUGGAGCGAAGACGAACGUCAUCAAGAAGAUCCUGACCGGGAUCGACGCGCUAGCUCCGAAGGUUCUACAAUGUCAGUCGUCUAUGUCGCCUGGAGACGUGGACUCCACACCGGGCUUCGAGGGCCCCAAGCCAAAUUUCGGAGAGGUAUCCGAGGAGAUCUCUCUGUCAACUAAAACGAAUCUCACUGGUCAAGAGAGUCGACCUAUCGAGCAAGAGUUUCGAAGUGACUCAUCUCAGCCUGGAGGAUUCGCCGUCUCGGUUGAGAAUAGAAACGGCACGCAGGACGGCGUGACGUUCUUCAGCGGGGAGAGUGCUUCCUCCGAUCUACCGGAAGAGUCAGGUCAGAGAGCUUCAGUGGCGCUGGACGAUAUCUUUGAGGAGCCGGACCAAUCUGUCGGCAACAAGAGCCAAGUAGCUCUGCCAAGUAGUGAGCCAAGUAGUGAGCUAGUACCGCAGAUCGACAUGGACCAGCCUUCAACUCACGGGUACUUGUCCUGUGUAUUAGAAGACCGGUCUCUCAUGGUACAGGUCAAGGGACCCGGUCUUGAAAAAUGGGAGCGCCAGACGUACGCCUUCAACCCUAAAUCGCCGACAACAGAGAUCGUACCCUUCCGCUGGUACGUCGUGCACAUAGCUGAGGGUGACGAUGUGAGAUUCUAUGACCGAGCCAUGUGCGUCUCGGAGGAUGGACCCCAAUAUGAUGAUCGAGGUUUUGUUUAUAUCAACUUCCCUGACAACGGCUAUUCGGAAUAUGUCGAUCCAAGCAUGGUUUUCGACCUGAAGAAUUACGACGAAAUCGAUAGACUGCCGGCUCAGGCCUUGCAGAUACACGCGGUCGGUCUGACAGGACGUACUCCGAUUGAAGAAUUGAGCGUUGCGCAUCCUCCCCAUCAUGAUGUGCUCUUCUUGCCUGCUCAUAGAUCCCAAUGCUUCAUGAGCUCCUGCAACCUUGAUGUGCCCCAUGUCUACAUCUACGACACGGUCACCAAACGAGUUCUAUGCUGA